AUGAUGCUGAUGCGGCCCUCUCGCCACGUGCUGUGCUUGGUGGUCCUCGCGCUGUGCUGUUGUGCGCCCUUUUCCGUGGCUGAUACUGGCAUACCUGAGCACAGAGAUAGUUUCUUGACAGAGCCUGAUGGCGUGAAUCUAACCAUGACAACGAGGUUUGAUGACAACAGCUGCACAUCACUGUCCACCGCGGCUACUGAUGCAACCAACGGUUUAAUCAUUUUCACUACGGUUACCUUACCGAAGGGUAGCUCUCAAGAAGUACAAAAUAUCAGGAAGUCCUGGCAUGAGUUCCCCGUUCCCGUUGGGUACAACUUAACGCUGGACGCUUCACUGGUUGCUGAAUGUACGAAAAA